UUUACAUCAUGCCAUGAAAAGAGACAACUACAGGGAAAAAAUCAGUAUUAGGUUUUAGCAAGUUUAGCAAUACAAACGAACAAGUCUUACGUGAGUCGCUUAAUGUUAAUACGUUGGCGCCUGGCGGGCGAAAGCUGCAACUAAGAUGCGCUUGGCUUGGCUUGGCUUCCUUUGUUUCUUUUCGAGCCUCCGUGGUCCGUUAUUUCUUGUUCUUGUACAUGAUUGUUAUCAAUAAUUAUCUGUGCACGAUUGUGUUUGAUUGUAUUAUUGUGUAUCUUGAUCUGUGGUAUCUUGGAUUCACGGGAUUGUUUUCCUAGGUAUAUACCUAGUUCUGUUUCCUCUGUGAAUUAUAUUUUACCAGUGCCAGUGUGUUCAACGAGGUUUACAAUCCAAUCAUAUAUAGCGUUGAAACUGCAUUUGGUUCAAGCACUGAAGUUCUAAUUAGCAGGUUUCUUUGAAUAUUGUCCUUCCUCAAUGGCAGCAACAUGGACGGUGGUGAAAUUCAUCACAGACAAUUCUGUGGAGGCUGUGCCAAGCAAAUGGCUUUCAGAUGGCAAAUGUUCCUGGCCUAGUUACACAAGGGAUCGUUUAAUGAAGGCGAUUCGAACUUGUGAGCCCCCAUUAUCAUGUUGGAAUCAACAUGAGAUCAUUCCAUUCAGGAAUGCCACAUAUAAUAAUUAUGCUACUGCCAGGAAAAAAUCCAUGAAGGCAGAAGAGACAUCAGAUCUCAAUUCAGAAAAUGAAAAAACAAAGAGAGUUUUGAAAAAACCAAAAAUUUUUUCUGCAGAUUCUGAUGAAGUGUCUGAUGAUUCAUCUGCUGACAGCAUCAGUGAUCUAGGCAUCAUAAAUCAUGAAUUUCCACAGAUUCAGAUACAAUCAUCAGGUACAACAGAGCAUGAAUCACCAAACAACCAUGGCUCUACAAACACAUUGGCAGAAGAAUUAUCUCGAGAAUUAUCAUCUGAUAUUACAACCAAUGUUGGAAUUGAUAAAUGUACCUGCUGUGUGAUCCACAAGCAUGAAGCUGCCAAUAAUAGUGGUUAUUUCAAACAGAUAAUUCGGAAAUUGACAAUUCUCGAAAUGGACAUGUGUGAUCUAAAAAAGAUCAUCGAUAGAUCCCCCGUUUCUACCAUAUUAGAGAUCCAAAAUAUAUGGGCGGAAUUUGAAUUUCCGUUGUCUACCAUAGAAGUCUUGACUUCUUUUGAAGAAUUCCUGAGUGAUGAGGAAAACAUGAAGAAAUCGAUCACCGAAUUAUCCAAAGUAGGGGGCGAUAACCCCAAUGAUUUUAUGAAGAGGGCGAUGACGAAAUUGAUGACCCCCAAAUUGGCAGCGGAAUACAGCUGGGUCGGGCUGAAGAAGAAAAAGAUAUUUUCAAAGAUGCACAUUUCCCACCUCCUUAUAAGGUCAGCCCAACAGAAUGGAAAGACCUCGUCUUUCACCAUUAAAGAAUUGGAAGAUGGCAUCAAAAAAGUUCUCAGGCGGGCAAAUGAAAGGGCAAUGGCUGAGGAGAAGAAACUGUCUAAGUGAUAUAUAUUUCCUCUAGUGUUUAAGUUUUAUUUCUUUAUGUGAGAAUAAUUUAUUUUUGAGUUAUAUUUUCUGUUGAUUUUUUCAGAAUAAAUUUUAUAAUUUUAACAGCAACAAUGACAUUCCUUUGAGGAGUUUUGUCCUAAAAAGUAUCCACAUUCAUUUUAAUGCAAUUGACAUUAUUGGUAGUGUGG